AACUCCCUGGCCCUGCUGGUUGAACCAACUGCAACCAAACCUGUGUCGUGGCAAGACGUGCGAAUUCUUCAGUCCCUCAUGUGCCAAGGAGAGCAUAGGCGAGCCCUCAGAUACAUGCAGGUGCAUGGCGGAGGCUUGGGCUCUGCUGCAGGAAGACGCCGCUCAGUUAAAGGAGGAAGAGCUAUUAAAAGACAUGUAUGACAUCUGUCGGGAGAUGGGACUAGUGGGAGACUUCCUGAGGCUGCCUUUCACAGACUCUGAACAAAAGUGUUUGGAGAAAUUUUUACGGACUCAUGAGAUUCUUUUAGUCCGGCACCUGCAGCGUGCCAACUGUACGGCAGCCCCACAGCUGAACCAGGCGAUGAACGUUCAUCUCAUGAACGACUGUGCUCCUCGCUGGAGACAGAGAGCAGUUGCCAGAAAUUCUCUCUCAGCCCAGCACGGCAAGACCCUUCCUAGAGGUCAGAGGCAGCUGGCUGUAGAGAGAGCCAAGCCUUACCAUCUGCCUUCGUCCGGACCAAGAGAAGCUGCAAGACCAAAGCCAUUCUCGACAGUAACAAAUCCUCAUUUUUAA